AAACCAGAAAGCAAGUAAAACCCACGAAUGAAUGAAUGAAUCCUUUGAGCUGCAUUAAAACUUCAUCCAUCACAAGGACCCCGGAGGGGUGGGGGCCGGGGCGGGGGCGGUGAAACGAAACGUAUUUGAUUCCGCCGACACCAAAGCUGAUGUUUGCUGCGCCAUCGUGAUAUCACCUGUGACAAACUAGUCGAAAUGUGUUAUUAUCGUGUUAUUGCUCGCGAUGAUUUUGUUCCCGAUCAAUAUUAGGGCACAGAGAAACACAACAGACUGCUUACCCGUCAAUGACAAAGGUCGCCCCCGAGUUUGCACGAGUUUUCUCCAGGUGCCCUGGCAAACCCUAAACUCCACAUAGAUCUAUUAAACGUGUGUUAUUACGUGUAAUAACUGAGUUAUAACCAUAUCACUAUUGCUGACCCACUCACUUUUGAGCUGACUAUAAACUUAUUGUGGAAGAUAUAAGAAAAUAUAAACUAAUGUUUUUUCAAUUAAAUUGACUACACUAGACAAGAGAUUCACUCAAUAAGCAGCACCAAAUUUUCCUUCUGCACUCAUGACGCGUGUCUGGUGAUGUGCACAAACGUCGUGUGAGUCUUGCGUGUUGUUGUGGCGCCCCCUGCUGAAGCAAACCCAUUCUGAGGCGGGCAAAACAUGAAAAAGAACGAAACUAAAGAUACUCACUAAAUAUAUGGCUAAUAUGAACCGUCUUGUGUAUAUUUACCCACUUGCCGUACCUGCACUUACUGUAUCCGUUCAUUUUAAGAAUGUAAUACUUUUCUAGUCAUUACACCGCUGCUACGAUGGAUGAUUGGUGAGCACAUUGGUCUCGUAAUUCUGAGGUUGUGGGUUCAAAUCCAACCCCAAAAGAUUCUCGGGAGGCACACCCUGAAUUGCUGUUAUUAUUAAGAUUAACUCUGUUCCUGUUAUUUCUGUUCCAGUCAUAAUGUUCUACUGGCUGCAUUUCCGCUUCCAUGCAGCACUUUGUCACUUUGUUCCAGCUGCGGAUUUUGUGAACGGGUUGUCCAAAUAAAGUUGAGUGUGAACUGAGGAAAAACUUCAAAAGAGCAUUUUCAUGCAAGCGUUCUCCGUAGCGUGUCAUUUUUAAUUCGUUUACUUUUGAAUCCUCACUUAACGAACAACGUAACAAAUAUUGCGCAGGAAAUGCGCAUGUCGGCCGCGCUGGCUGCGUUUUGUGUGUGCCGAUGUGAAGCCCGAAAAAGGACAGACGAUGGCGGAGCCAACAAUUCGCGUGUCUGGAAUUGUUUUGACUUCUUUAUUGUUUCAACACAUCAACAAAGAUUCGGACGUGGAAGGUUUCAUCCUGGGCGACAACAACGUCGAGGAGCACGUGACCAUCAGCGACACCCGAGAGGACCACGUUCACCUCAGACAGACCUACAGCAUCCACAAACACGUGUGCUGCCACAAACUCAACACCUGGUACGACGCGGCGGGCAGGGUGGACGUGGCGGCGGUCCACCGGCUCCUGGGCGCCGACCCUCCGGAGCGCGUGAUAGGCUGGUACCGCCAGCGCAGGAACUCGGAGCGGCGGAUGACCAUGCGCGAGAAGGCGGUGCACCGGAACCUGAAGGUGGCGCUGCGCAAGCCCCACGCCGUCUUCCUGCUCGUGACGCCCGCCACCGUGACGGACGGAGGCUCCACCCACCGCACCGAAUACGCCGCCUUCCUCUCCAGCGGCAGGUCCCCGUGGCCGUCACCAACUUGGCGUCUUUGGACCACCGGGCCUACUGGACGGCGUCGACACCGUGCUCGGCGCCGGGUUACCAGCGCGCCGUCAGCCGGCACAGUUCCAAAUUGCUGGACGCCAGCGGCCAGUUGGCGGACGUGGAUGCCGUCAACGCUAUGAAUGCGUCGCUGCAGGACGAGCUUCAGAGGGCCUGCAGCGCCGUGGCGGAGAGCGAGCGCACCGUGCGCAUGACGCUCGCCGACGUUUUCGCUCUCGGGACGUCGGUUGGUGACAGGAAGUCAACCUUCGCCAACAAAGCAGAGGGCGCCCCCGCCGGCGAGCCGAAGGUCCGCCUCCAGCUGGCGGUCCGCACGCUGACGCUGGACGGCUUCCCCGCGGCGGCGGCGGCGGCGGCGCAAGGCGGCGGCGUGAGGAGGAGGAGGAGGAGGAAGCGGCGCAAGGGAGACGCCACAAAUGUUGAGAAGAGAAGUUUGUCGAACGAGGCCUCACGUCACCAUCUUCGAAACCAACCCGGAAGUGGUUUUAGAUUUUUUUUUUUUCUGUAGCCUGACAUAACAACUUAACGCUUUUGUGUUCGUCGUUUCACUAAAACUAGCCAUUUAUUACUCUACUGGCUGGCGCCGGAAUAUGUGCACGUUUUUAUUCAGCUCCAAGCUUCAUUUGCAAAGGUUUGUGGCUGCUUAGCGAGCUAAACAAUGCCAAAGAGGUGUUAGCAUAGACUUAUAACUCCAAAGUGUGAUUUUUAACUAAAGAAAAUGUACAAUGACUUCUUCAACGCUACUAAUUAUGUUAGCACACAUAGCUGGAAUAAGAUCAAUUCUAUUUCGAAAUGAUUUCACGUCUCUCCCGAGCUUUUUCGUUAGCAUGCGGCUUCUGGCUGGUCACGUGCCCACGAAGGACCCGAAAUGAUGAAAUACAUUAAAAACAAAAACAAGAA